AGAGGGGUGUAGACGCGGUGUAGACAGCCGGCCGGCUGCUGGUGUAGACGCCCCGCCUGCCCGAGAUGGAGGGGCGGGAGGAGCCGCCCCCGGGCCCCCCGGGCCCCGGCCCCGGCCCGGGCCCCGGCGUGCAGCCGCCCCCGCCGCUGGACUUCACCGUGGAGAACGUGGAGAAGGCCCUUCACCAGCUCUACUAUGACCCCAACAUCGAGAACAAGAACCUGGCCCAGAAGUGGCUGAUGCAGGCCCAGGUCUCUCCACAGGCCUGGCACUUCAGCUGGCAGCUGCUGCAACCUGACAAGGUGCCCGAAAUCCAGUACUUUGGGGCCAGUGCCCUGCACAUCAAGAUUUCCCGCUACUGGAGCGACAUCCCUGCCGACCAGUAUGAGAGUCUGAAGGCCCAACUCCUGGCGCACAUUGGCCGCUUCGCCAGCGGCUCCAAGAUCGUGCUGACGCGGCUAUGUGUGGCGUUGGCCUCGCUGGCCCUCAGCAUGAUGCCAGAAGCCUGGCCCUGUGCUGUGGCAGACAUGGUGCGCCUGUUUCAGGCCGAGGCCACCCCUGGCGAUGGGCAGGGCCGCUGCCUGGCGCUACUGGAGCUCUUGACUGUGCUGCCCGAGGAGUUCCAGACCAGCCGGUUGCCCCAAUACCGCAAGAGCCAGGUACGUGCCAUGCUGGCACAGGAGUGCAGGGCCAUCUUCCCCUUGCUGGAGCAGCUGCUGCAGCAGCCCAGCCUGCCCAGCGCCAUCAAGCAGAAGGCACUCAAGUGCUUUUCCAGCUGGGUGCCCCUGGAGGUGCCCCUGCUGGACUGUGAGCGGCUGAUUCAGGCCGCCUUCAGUGCUCUGCGGGACCCUGAACUCUUUGACAGCAGUGUGGAGGCCAUCGUCAAUGCCAUCUCGCAGCCUGAUGCCCAGAGGUAUGUGAACACACUGCUCAAGCUGAUCCCCCUGGUGCUGGGGCUGCAGGAGCAGCUUCGGCAGGCAGUGCAGAAUGGGGACAUGGAGACGUCUCAUGGGAUUUGCCGAGUUGCUGUGGCUUUGGGGGAGAACCAUUCCAGGGCCCUGCUGGACCAGGUGGAGCACUGGCAAAGCUUCUUGGCUUUGGUCAACAUGAUCAUGUUCUGCACGGGCAUCCCCGGCCACUACCCAGUCAAUGAGACGACUAGCUCCUUGACCCUCACUUUCUGGUACACUCUGCAGGACGACAUCUUGUCUUUGGAGGCAGAGAAACAGGCUGUGUACCAGCAGCUGUACCGCCCUGUCUACUUCCACCUGGUGGACGUUCUCCUACACAAAGCUCAGUUUCCCGCAGACGAAGAGUACAGCUUCUGGUCAUCUGAUGAGAAGGAGCAGUUCCGAAUCUACAGGGUGGACAUUUCGGACACACUCAUGUACGUCUAUGAGAUGCUGGGGGCGGAGCUGCUGAGUAACCUCUAUGACAAGCUGGGCCGCCUGCUCACCAGCUCUGAGCAGCCUUGCUCCUGGCAGCACACGGAGGCUCUUCUCUAUGGGUUCCAGUCCAUUGCGGAAACCAUUGAUGUCAAUUACUCCGACGUGGUGCCAGGACUCAUUGGCCUCAUCCCCCGCAUAAGCAUCAGCAACGUGCAGCUGGCAGACACCGUCAUGUUCACCAUCGGGGCUCUGUCGGAGUGGCUGGCAGACCACCCAGUCAUGAUUAACAAUGUCCUGCCCCUGGUGCUUCACGCCCUGGGCAACCCUGAGCUCUCAGUGUCCUCUGUGUCUACCCUCAAGAAGAUCUGCCGGGAGUGCAAGUAUGACCUCCCCCCAUAUGCAGCCAACAUUGUGGCCGUGUCCCAGGAUGUGCUGAUGAAGCAGAUUCACAAGACAAGCCAGUGCAUGUGGCUGAUGCAGGCCCUGGGCUUCCUGCUGUCAGCUUUGCAAGUAGAAGAGAUUCUGAAAAACCUCCACUCCCUCAUCACCCCCUACAUCCAGCAGCUGGAGAAGCUGGCUGAGGAGAUGCCCAACCCUUCAAACAAGCUGGCUAUCGUCCACAUCCUGGGUCUCCUCUCCAACCUCUUCACUACAUUGGACAUCAGUCACCAUGAGGAUGAGCAUGAAGGCCCUGAGCUCAGGAAGCUGCCCAUUCCACAGGGACCCAACCCAGUGGUGGUUGUGCUACAGCAAGUUUUCCAGCUCAUCCAGAAGGUGCUGAGCAAGUGGCUAAAUGAUGCCCAAGUGGUAGAGGCAGUGUGCGCCAUCUUUGAGAAGUCUGUUAAGACCUUGCUGGAUGACUUUGCGCCUAUGGUCCCCCAGCUGUGUGAGAUGCUGGGACAGAUGUACAGUACGAUCCCCCAGGCUUCUGCCCUCGACCUCACUCGCCAGCUGGUGCACAUCUUUGCUCAUGAACCUGCCCACUUUCCUCCCAUAAAGGCCCUCUUCCUCCUCGUCACCUCUGUCACGCUCACCCUCUUCCAGCAAGGGCCCAGGGAUCAUCCUGAUAUUGUUGAUUCAUUUAUGCAACUCCUGGCACAGGCCCUGAAGCGGAAGCCAGAUCUCUUCCUGUCUGAGAGCUUGGAUGUCAAGGCUGUGUUCCAGUGUGGUGUGCUGGCACUCAAGUUCCCUGAGGCCCCGACUGUCAAGGCCUCCUGCGGCUUCUUUACAGAGUUGCUGCCCCGUUGUGGGGAGAUCCCACCCAUUGGGCAGGUGGUCCAGGAGGAUGGCAGAGUGCUGCUGCAGGCUGUGCUAGAGGCCAUCGGCGGUCAGGCCUCCCGCAGCCUCAUGGAUUCCUUUGCGGAUGUCCUCUUUGCCCUCAACAAACACUGCUUUAGCUGCCUCAGUGUGUGGAUCAAGGAGGUGAUGCAGCCGCCAGGUUUCCCCUCACCCCGGCUCAGUGCUGAACAGAAGGAUACCUUCAGCCAGCAGGUCCUCAGAGAGCGGGUGAACAAACGUCGAGUGAAGGAGAUGGUGAAGGAGUUCACACUACUGUGCCGGGGUCUUCAUGGUACCGACUACACUGCUGACUACUGAGGGCUGGCUAAGGCCGAGUUUCUAUAGAAUAAACCCCAAACCCCCUACUCAA